AUGGUUCAAGACGAUCAAAGCUCCAAUUCCUAUUCCAUUGAAGAAUAUGGCGCUGACUAUUUUGGGCAACAAGGUUCAUCCGGGUUACAUGAUGAAUCCACUAAUAUUGAUGAGGAAACAAGACGUGCGAGUUUGGUAAGAACUAUUACUGCUAUUGAAGCUAAUGAAUAUCAGCAAAAAUUUGAUUCAAUUUCUAGAGAAAUUUCAAGACAAAUCACAAACAAGGAAGGAGAAUUUCAAUUGAAAUUAGAGGAGUUUAAUCUAGUUAAAAUAUUGGCCAACUUUGUCUAUUUUGCUAAGAAGCAAGGCAUAAAUUUGAGAAAAAGUGGGGUAACUUUCAAAGAUCUUUCAGUAUUUGGUGUUGAUGACUCAGUUGCUGUUGUACCUACUGUUUUGGAUGUGUUGAAAGGACCUGUUUAUGGUAUCCAAGAAUUGAUCCGUAAAAUUAAAACACCGAAAAGAGAAAUAUUGAAAAGUUUCAAUGGUCUUGCAAAACCUGGUGAUAUGGUUUUAGUUUUAGGUAGACCAGGGGCUGGGUGUACUACUUUUUUGAAAGCAUUAAGUGGAACGGAUUUUGAUUUAUACAAAGGUAUUGAAGGUGAUAUUAGAUAUGACGGAUUACCUCAGAAUGAAAUGAUCAAAAUGUUCAGAAAUGAUUUGAUCUAUAAUCCAGAGUUGGAUAUCCAUUUCCCACAUUUAACUGUUGACCAGACAUUGAGUUUUGCUAUUGCUUGUAAAACACCUAAUAUUAGAAUCAAUGGAGUUACUAGAGAACAAUUCAUCAAUGCCAAGAAGGAAGUAUUAGCCACAGUGUUUGGGUUACGUCAUACUUACCACACCAAAGUUGGUAAUGAUUAUGUGAGAGGUGUGUCUGGUGGUGAAAGAAAGAGAGUUUCCAUUGCUGAAGCGUUGGCUUGUCAUGGAUCUAUUUAUUGUUGGGAUAAUGCUACCAGAGGAUUAGACUCUUCCACGGCAUUGGAAUUUGCCCAGGCUAUUAGAACUUCGACCAAGUUAUUAGGCACCACCGCCUUUGUUACAAUCUACCAAGCGGGUGAAAAUAUAUACGAAAAGUUUGAUAAGGUAACUAUUCUCUAUGAUGGACAUCAGAUAUACUAUGGACCUGCUAACAAAGCUAAGAAGUAUUUUGAGAACAUGGGCUGGGAGUGUCCACCAAGACAAUCUACUGCUGAAUUUUUGACUGCAGUGACUGAUCCUAUUGGUAGAUUUCCAAAGAAAGGAUGGGAAGAUAAAGUCCCCCGUACCGCUGAAGAUUUUGAAUCCCGUUGGUUAAACUCACCACAAUAUAACGAAUUGUUGAAUGAAAUUGACGAGUACAAUUCCCAGAUUGAUGAAGACCAAGUUAGACGUGAUUACUAUGAUUCUGUUAUUCAAGAAAAGAUGAAAGGUGCUAGAAAGAAAUCACCAUUUACUGUUUCUUAUAUGCAACAAUUGAAAUUGUGUUUCAUUAGAAGUUUCUACAGAAUCAAAGGAGACAAUGCUUAUACAAUCACACUUGUUGGUGCUGCUGUUUGUCAAGCAUUUAUAGCUGGUUCCUUAUAUUACAACACUCCAAAUGAUGUGUCUGGUGCAUUUUCCAGAGGGGGAGUUAUCUUCUUUGCGGUGUUGUUCAUGUCAUUGAUGGGGUUAGCAGAAAUUUCUGCAUCGUUCAGAAAUAGAUUGAUUUUAAACAAACAAAAGAACUAUUCAAUGUACCAUCCAUCUGCUGAUGCUCUCUCACAGUUUGUCAUGGCUAUUCCAAUCAGUUUAUUUGUUAAUGCCCUUUUUGUUGUUAUUUUGUACUUCUUAUCCAAUUUAGCAGUUGAUGCUGGUAAGUUUUUUACUUGCUAUUUGUUUGUUUUUAUGUUACAUUUGACAAUGGGUGCUAUGUUCCAGGCAGUUGCUGCUCUUCAUAAAACCAUUGCUGGAGCUAAUGCUGUAGGUGGAAUUUUGGUUUUAGCAACUUUGCUGUAUUCCUCUUAUAUGAUUCAACGUCCUACAAUGCAUGGAUAUUCAAGAUGGAUCUCUUACAUUAAUCCAGUGCUUUAUGCAUUUGAAGCUAUUAUUGCAUCAGAGUUCCACCACAGAAAAAUGGAAUGUACAUCAGAAUAUCUUACUCCAUCUGGUCCUGGAUAUGAAAAUGUCGGGGAAGGAGAACAAGUAUGUGCCUUUACUGGAUCUAUUCCUGGUACUAAAUGGGUUUCUGGUGAAAAAUACUUGUCGGUUUCUUAUACAUAUAAAUUCAUUCAUGUUUGGAGAAAUUUUGCCAUUUUAGUUGGAUUUUUGGCAUUCUUCUUAGCGGUGAAUGCGUUAGGUACAGAGUUUAUUAAACCGAUUACUGGUGGUGGUGAUAAGUUGUUAUACUUACGAGGUAAAGUUCCAGAUCACGUAGCAUUACCAGAAGAGAAACAAAAUGGGGAUAUUGAAUCGGCUGGGCAAAGAAGCGGAAGCACCCAGUUGGAAAAACCUUUUUCUUCAAAAGAAGAUACACUUGGACAGUGUGAAAAGAAAGAUGCUACAUUGGCUACAAAUGAUAUCUACGUCUGGAAAGAUGUUGAUUAUAUCAUUCCAUACGAAGGUAAACAGCGUCAAUUAUUGAAUUGUGUCAGUGGAUUCUGUAUCCCGGGAACCAUGACGGCUUUGAUGGGUGAAUCUGGUGCUGGUAAAACAACCUUGUUGAAUGUUUUAGCUCAGCGUAUUGACUUUGGCACUAUCACGGGUGACAUGUUGGUUAAUGGAAGACCAUUGGAUUCGUCGUUCAGCCGCCGUACAGGGUAUGUUCAACAACAAGAUAUCCAUUGUGAAGAAGUUACCGUCCGUGAAUCUUUGCAAUUUGCUGCUAGAUUAAGAAGAUCCAAUGAUGUUAGUGAUGAAGAAAAAUUAGACUAUGUUGAAAAGAUCAUUGAUGUUUUAGACAUGAAACCUUACGCUGAUGCUAUUGUUGGAAGGUUGGGUAAUGGUUUGAAUGUUGAACAACGUAAGAAGUUGUCCAUUGGUGUUGAGUUAGUUGCCAAACCAUCGUUAUUGUUAUUCUUGGAUGAACCUACUUCUGGUUUGGAUUCACAGAGUGCCUGGGCAAUUGUUAAAUUAUUGAGAACAUUGGCCAACUCAGGACAAUCCAUUUUGUGUACCAUUCAUCAACCAUCAGCUACGUUGUUUGAAGAAUUUGAUAGAUUGCUUUUGUUAAAGAAAGGUGGUAUCGUUACAUACUUUGGAGAUAUUGGCCCAAGGUCCCACAUUCUUUUGAAUUAUUUUGAAUCUAACGGCGCUCGUCAUUGUGGUGAUGAUGAAAACCCUGCUGAAUACAUUUUGGAAGCAAUUGGCGCUGGUGCUACAGCUUCUAGUAACUUUGACUGGGGUGAAAUUUGGGCAGCUUCUCCACAAAAAAUGGAUACAGAAAAGAAACGUGAUGAACUUAUUGAAGAAUCCAGCAAAAAACCAGUGGGUACUGGUUCAGAGAAAGAAGACAAGAAGUUGCAUCAAAAGUAUGCUACUCCGUAUUGGUACCAAUUCCGUAUCACUCUUCAAAGAUCUAACACUGUUCUUUGGAGAAUACCUGGAUAUUGUGUGUCUAAGAUCUUGGUGAUGACGCUUUCUGGAUUAUUCAUCGGUUUAGUUACAUUCUUUAGUCUUCAACAAACCUAUGCUGGUAGUAGAAAUGGUAUGUUUUGUGGUUUCCUUUCUGUUGUUGUUGUUGCACCAAUUGCAAAUAUGCUUAUGGAAAGAUAUAGUUAUGCUCGUGCUAUAUUCGAGGCAAGAGAGCUGUUAUCAAACACGUAUCAUUGGUCGUUACUUGUUAUUUCCAGCAUGAUUCCCGAAAUUCCAUAUUUGAUUGUAGGUGGUACCUUUUUCUUUAUCACUGUUUACUUUCCUGCUACUAGAUCAGCCGGCUCACAAGCAGGGAUAUUUUAUUUCACUCAAGGUGUAUUUUUACAAUUUUUCACUAUUACUUUUGCUGCUAUGAUCUUGUUCAUUGCUCCAGAUUUGGAGAGUGCUUCGGUUAUUUUCUCCUUUUUGUAUACGUUUAUUGUUGCAUUUUCUGGAAUUGUGCAACCAACAAACCUUAUGCCAGGAUUUUGGACUUUUAUGUAUAAGGCAUCUCCAUAUACUUAUUUUAUCCUGAAUUUAGUUUCAUCAUUCUUACAUGGAAGAAAAAUCAGAUGCACUGAAGAGGAAUUGGCAGUCUUUAAUCCCCCUGCUGGUCAGACCUGUCAAGAGUAUACUGCUGCUUUCCUUUCACGCAAACCAGGUUACUUGGUAGAUGGUAGUGCAACUUCAAAUUGUUCCUAUUGUCCUUACAGCACUGCUGAUGAAUACUUGGCUAGUAUCAAGGCGAAAUACCACUAUAGAUGGAGAAAUAUCGGGUUCUUCUGUGCGUAUAUCUUGUUCAAUAUUGGAUUCUGUUUGUUUCUUUACUAUUUUAUUCGUUAUAAGAGAAUCUUUAAAGGAGUUCCAGCACUUUUCCAUAAUAUUUUAAGAAUGUUCAAAAAGAAGAAGGCUUGA